GUGUUGGGAAGACUACGGAAAACUAAUAAGAAAAAAAUCUACUGCGCGAAGCAAAGUGAAAAAAGGUCGAGAUAAUCGCUGGAAAGUGCAAUCAGAAUUGUGUAAGCCAGUAUAGGAAGAAGACGACGGAAUUCCGAAUCCGGAUGAGUGGGCUCCAGCGAACCAGUUGUCUCCUUUUUGCCUUAGUUUCCCUCUUUAUUUGGAUGCUGCUCGCGAGAGCCGCUGCCGUAUGCCCUUACAAUGCGAAAGCUAAGUGUCAACACGGGAGGAAUGUCCAGACAAUCUAAAUCGGCACCGCAAGCCAAGAAGGUGACCCCGGCUGUUCCGGACGUGUACGGAAGAACGAACGGAACGCAGCAGCAGGGUGGGGACGAGAUACAGGUUGCCGCAGCGGCCCAACAGGAAACGCCUUCAUCGCUAAUGCUACGCUACGAUCAUACGGACUAUGCCGAUGCAGGAAUUGAUCUCACGCAGUCGCCCGGCCGGGACAGCCCGAUCAGCUUGUCCGGAUCGGCUGGUUCCGGUUCGCGGCACUCGACUGCCAGCUUGGACUCGGGCCGGGCUUCGUCGUACCUGACGGGUGCGUCCACCUCUUCGAAUCGAAGCGGUAACGGAGGCUACGGAACGCUUUCGUCGCCGCGAUGUUCGGUCAGCUCGUGCUCGAUCGGAUCGGGGAACCACCGGUUGAGCAACCACUCGAACCGAACCGAUCACGACAUCAUCUCCGAGUGGCUGAUGGAGAUUCACUUCCACGAGUACACGUAUCUGUUCCUGGAAGCGGGGUACGAUCUGUCGACGAUCGCGCGAAUGACUCCGGAGGAUUUGACAGCGAUCGGCAUCAAGCAGCCGACGCACCGAGAAAGACUGAAGCGGCACAUUGACACGCUGAAGCUGCCGGAUGCGUUGCCGAACUACGUGCCGGGUUCGAUCGACGAGUGGUUGCGUCUGCUACGGCUUGAGGAGUACGUCCAGCCACUGCUAGCGCAGGGGUACGUAACGGUGAACGACGUUACACAGCUUACGUGGGAAGAUCUGGAAGACAUCGGCAUCGUGAAGCUGGGUCACCAGAAGAAGAUCCUCCUGGCGAUCAAACGCGUCAAAGACAUCAUCAGCGGAAAGCUGGGCGGAGGAGGCCAAUACGCUACGGUCCCGUUGCCACAGGCUACAACAGCUGCCUUGCACUGUCAACCGACUGGCGUUCCGCUCCGCGGUCAGUUUGACGAAUCGCUCGAAGGUCACAAACAGCUGACCUACUCGACGUUCAUGCGACAACCCACGGAUCCCGGCGCGUACUACUGCCAACAACCGCCGGCCAUUUCAUACCCGCACGUUCACUUUGACGGCACGCAGGCCAUCUACCGCCGCAGUUCGUACGACGACAGUGACAUAACCCCGACGAACGAACUCGGCGACGCACAUCACCUGGCGCAGAUGCACCAGCAACAUCCGGCCCAGCACCAGCAGCCCUACUACCAGGGCGGCGGAACCCUGCGGCAGCAUCAACGCAACAGCUACGGCGUCCGGUUAACCCUGUGCCAGAACCCGAUCGGUCCCGUCGGAACAACCCAACGGCAGCGACCCAUAGCGAAAAUUGUAGCCAAUAACCUUAAGCUGGCGCCCACCUCGGACGGUGGCCGCCCUCCCUACCCGCAACUAGGCCACAUCGAGAACGUCGAAAUGGCCACGGCAGCGCUGGACGCUAUGCACUUCUCCAACUACGCUUCCUUCCCGCACCAUCCGCUUAAAUACAAUCCCGCGACGAGCCAACCUCCAACCUCCCAACAGCCCCAGCCAAUCUACCACAAUCAGAUUAUCCUCCAGCAGCAAGCCGCUGCGCAGCAACAGCAAGCCGCUGCGGCCGCCGCAGCCGCCCUCUACUCCAACUACGCCGGCCAAACGCACCAGACGACGGUCGAGAUUCACAAGACCCAGCACGACAACAAGAGCAACUCCAGCCUCGAGUCGAUCGACCAGAUCCCGUUCGCCAACGAGAACGCCGGCACGAUCAAGCAGCGCUCGAUGAACCGCAUGGUCGAUCACCCCGCGCUGCACGAGCGGCCCCCAACCGCCGCCACCAUGCUCUCCCACUCGUCGUCCUCGACGUCCUCCUCCUCGUCGACGGGUUCCAUCACGACCACCCUGGCCGGCUGCAUCCAGCAGCUGUCGCCGCCUCAGGAAUCCGCCGGCGGCGUUGCGCCCAAUCAAAAUUGCUCAAACAGUGCCAGCGGGCCGGGCUCGUGCAGCACGUCGCCGACGCAGGCCGCGGCCGCUGCGGUCGUCGGAACGAACGUCCUCAACGACAUCGGCAACAUGCUGGCGAACCUGACGGACGAGCUGGACGCGAUGCUCGAGGAGGAGAACCGGGCCGGUAUCAGCGAUAUAGAGUGAGUGUUUGUUUUGUUUUCGUGGGGCAAAGUGCAAGGGCAUGUUGGCGCUGAUAAGGGGGACUUCAAAGCAACAGACCUGCUGGCGGCUCGGUUUGUUUCACUUUUCCUAUUAGAUUCGAUUGGACGGUAUUUACACAGGUCGGGAAAAGACAUUCUCCACAGCCUCACAGAACAAGGUUUGGUCGAACAAGAACGAAUCACAAUAUGAGUGACGAUAACAACAAGAUGGGACUGUUGUUGACAUCUCUGGAUGACAACUGAGUUUAGCUUCACGGCACACUUCGUUUCUUCCCAUUUAACAACAAUUUCGCUUCGACUCCCGUUUGCGAAAACGACAUUUGACAGCUCAACCCAGCUUGCCAUAAUGUAGCCGUAAUCGCGCAAACAGCGCGUUGCUUUGUGCGCCAAACUGAUCGAUGGCGUCAUCCCAGCUUGCUUCGACAGCUGACCGAUUCUUGCCUCAAGACUCAGAAUGCGGUAUCGAUUUCCGCGAGAGAAUGACAAACAUCCGGCAAAUCUCAGAACUACUGCCCUUUCGUCGGUCGGCACCUUGCUCUGCGUCAAGCUCCACAUAGUCAGUCAGCGGUGGCGGCGUUUGAUUGCGAUAAAAAGGCAGCCAUUUCUCAGGGUAAAAGCAAUUAGUUCUCGCUCUAUAGAGUCAUUAUUAGUCGACGAGGCUCGGCUCUAAACCGCAUUCCGAUGGUCACGUGGGUUCUGGCGAUUGCUUUGUGUUUGAUAGAGCUGCGAAAUUCUUGGAAAGUUCCACCUGACCCGGUAGGUAAUUAGUCUGAUUUCGGCUUGUCGUGCCGACUCUUUCAAGUGACAGCUGUUUGUUUACCUUUCGAAUCAUUGUUA